CACCUGGCCAGCUCAAUUGCAGAGCGUCCGCCGUCCGGUCCAAAGCCUGUGGCAAAACUGGGCAAAGGCAAUGGCGGCUCUUUCGUGAACAAGCGUUGUGACCGGGCCCGGGGUACGAGCCAGCGCCUUUCGAGGUCAAUUGUUUGGCACGAGGAUGUGGUGACCUUGCAGCUGAAGCAAAACUUGUAAUUCUGGGCAGGGCGGUCCAUUCCGGGAGCCGAAUCACAAUGGGUUCAAGAUACGGUGGCCGCCCGGAGCAGGACUUUGUGGUCAAGCUCGAGCAGAUCCCCCGCUGGGUGGACGCAGAGACUGCAAGCAAUGGGCCCACCGAACCUGGGGCUGGAGACGGGACAGACUCGCGUUUCCUUGACCCCCUGUCGGCUGCGGCUGCGGGCGCGGAGGGUGCGGGUAUACAUGGAGAGGCGAGGGAACCAUCAAAGUUUCCGGUUGAUCAAGAAGCGAAUUCCCGGCUGUAUGUUUGGAGGGGGGCUCCCUGGCCGCUGGAGGUGGAUGCCGUGGUGAAUUCCACCAAUGAGACUCUGGACGAGUCGCGCAGCGUGGCGGGCCUCCAUGCAGCUGCAGGACCGGGGCUGGCCGACGAAUGCGAGACCUUGAACGGUUGCAGGGUUGGGGAAGCCAAGAUAACCAGUGGUUAUGAUUUGCCAGCCAGGAAGGUCAUUCACACUGUGGGGCCUCGCUAUGCCCCCAAGUAUCACACGGCUGCAGAAGGAGCGCUGAGCAAGUGCUACCGGAGCUGCCUCGAACUGUUGAUAGAGCAAGAAUUGAGAAGCAUUGCCAUGGCCCCCAUCAACAACGACUCCAACUAUCCACGCGAGCCCGGCGCCCAUGUCGCAAUCCGUACGGUGCGGCGAUUCCUGGAGAAGCAUAAGGAUAAGAUUGACGCCCUGGUGUUCUGCACCAUGACCACUGCCGAUACCGAGAUCUACAAGCGGCUGCUCCCCCUCUACUUCCCGCGGGACCAGGCGGAGGAGGACGCGGCGCGCUCGAAGCUGCCGGCCGACGUGGGCGAUGAGAACGGCGGGGUGGAGGUGCGGGAGCGCAAGAUCCGCAUCGGGGUGCUGCCGGGGUCAGGCCUGACGCCGUCGCCAUCGCCCAGCCCGCGCUGGCAGGAAGGGCCCACCAGCUUCAGGGGGCCGGGGCCAAGCUUGGACGUGCGGGAGCUGGUGGACCCCAGCUUCGUGUCCAUGGCGCGGGACCCCGACGUGCGGAGAGCGGAGCAGAUGGAGCGUGCGGCGCAGGCGGCCAACAGCUGGCGGCGCUGGGGCAGCCUGAUUGGGCUGGGCCCGCCCCCGCUGUCUCCAGCCGAAGAGGACGCGCAGCAUGCACGCUUCUUGUCCCGGGCGAUGGCGACCAACCUGCAAGACCUGGCCGACAUGAAGAUCCUGUACCGCGGCGGCAUUGACUUUGAGGGGCGGCCCAUAAUGGUGGUGGUCGGCGCGCACUUCAUCCCCCGCUCCAUCAGCCUAGACAGGUUCAUCCUCCAUUGCGUCAAGGAGUUCGAGCCGAUCUCCCAAAAACCUUUCAGCAUUGUGUACAUCCACUCCGCAGUCUCCUACGACCAACAGCCUGGCAUCACGUGGCUGGAGAGGCUGGAACAAAUCCUUGGUCGAAAACACCGAGCCAAUCUCCGGCACAUCUACAUCCUCCACCCCACCAUCAGCUUGAAGGCCGGCCUGCUGCUGCUGCAAACGUUCGUCCAGCCCGAGGUGUGGAGCAAGGUGAUCUACAUCGAGCACCUGGGGGACCUGUUCCGAUACGUGCAGAAGGAGCAAUUGUCAGGCAUCCCCGACUUUGUGCUGCAGCAUGACUUGGAGAUCUCGGGAAGUAAAGACGCCAUAUUGAGCGGGGCUGUCAAGAACCGUAUACGACGAAGUCAAGAAUGGUUGGGCGACCGCUGAGCCACCGCUUGUUGCGCGCAGCAUUUCUCAUGUACAGAACCGAGUGUAAGUAAGAUGUUCACAUUACCCUGACAAAAUAAAGCAGACGUGUCUGCUCCUCACUUGGAGAUAUAAAGGUCCGACGAUUGUCACGAGUUUCCCGCUGCUCAGUUAAAAGGGCCGCACACCCACCACUUGUAUAUGCAUGGCUCAAUAAGCGCAGUCCAUUUUCUUC